CGCCGACUCGCCUCCGCGUGAGGACGCGCAGAACAUCGAACGAUCCUCCUGGCAGCCAUGUCGAGCCAGCCUCCCGGAACCUUUCUCCCCAACACCAAAAUCAGGGUCGGCGACCACAAGGUCUACAUUGAGAAGUACUUGUCCGAAGGAGGCUUUGCCCAUGUCUACGUGGUGCGCAUACCGCGCGAGGGCAACAAGCAUGAAGUCGCGGUGCUCAAGCGGGUCGCUGUGCCCGACAAGGACCACUUGGCCAACAUGCGCACCGAGGUGGAGACGAUGAAGAAGCUCAAGGGCCACAAGCACAUUGUUACCUACUUUGACAGCCAUGCCAGUCAGCUGCCUGGCGGUGGCUACGAGGUCUUCCUCCUCAUGGAAUACUGCAAGGGGGGCGGUCUUAUUGACUUCAUGAACACCCGCCUGCAGCACCGUCUGACGGAGCCCGAAAUCCUCAAGAUCUUUGGAGACUGCGCCGAGGGCCUGGCGUGUAUGCACUAUCUGAAGCCUCCGCUGCUACACCGAGAUCUGAAGGUGGAAAACAUCUUGAUCUCCAAAUCGGCCGCCGGCACGCCUAUAUACAAGCUCUGCGAUUUCGGUAGCACUGCGCCACCCAGACCAGCUGCAAAGACGGCCGAAGAAGGAAGGCUCAUCGAGGAGGAUGUGCAGAAGCACACGACCAUGCAGUACAGGAGUCCGGAGAUGAUUGAUGUCUGGAGGAAGCAGCCGAUCGAUGAAAAGGCGGAUAUUUGGGCUCUAGGGGUAUUGCUAUACAAGCUAUGCUACUACACGACACCUUUUGAGGCAGUAGGUCAAAUGGCCAUCUUGAAUGCCAGCUUCAAGUUCCCACCACAUCCACAGUUUUCGGAGCGUAUCAAGAAGCUCAUCAGCUGGAUGCUGAAGGAAGACCCCAAAGAUAGGCCCAACAUCUAUCAGGUCUUGAAGGAGACAUGUGGCAUGCGGGGGACGCCUGUGCCAGUCCAGGACAUCUAUACUGACCGAACACAAUCUGAAGCCCGCCGGAACGAGACGCUCCCACCUACUCAUCCGGCAUCACCAGCGGCGGUGGGACUACAGAAGGUGACGCCACGCAAACAAGAGCAACAGCUACCUGAUAUCACCCCUAUGCGAAGAGGGAGGCCAACCGCGCCCGCUCAGCAAGGGCCAGUUGCUGCCCAGCCCGCCGUGAAGGCUCAGUCCACUCGUGCCGGUGGAGACCCCUUUGCAGCUCUGGACUCCAAGGACUAUGAGGUGCGAGCAGGAGCUGUAGAUGAGCUCGCCAAGCGAUUCCCGAGUCUGGACGAGUUUGCGAUUGCUCACGAUGGCAGUAAAUUUGCCUUUGCACCGACCUCGCCUCCCGCUCCAGGAUCGUCACCGCCCAUGACCAGCCCAUUGAACGAACGUGUGACGAAUGCCUUGGCGGACCGAGUAUUUUCAGGCAAGGCUUCAGAACAGUCCGCCUCUUCCCCGAGGCUACAGGCUGCGCGCUCCAUGGCAUCUGCUCCCGCUCCUCGUCGUGAUUCGCCGGUGCGUACAUCCACUCCGCUGACGGACCCGCGUGCACCACUGGCCGUUCAACAUCCCAUGCCGAUCCGGAACGUGUCACCUUACAAGUCUACCGCAGUGGGGACCUCUCCGCCUCCACAGGCUAGCAAGCAGUUACCGGACGUCAGCAAGCGUCCCAUUUGGCGGGUGCCAGAGCCCAGUCAAAAGUCGAGUCAGCCUCGAGCUUCAGAAGACGCUCAGGCCGCGGCGUCAUUAUUGAAGCCCGGUCUGACACCCGCGCAGCGACCUGCGCUGCUGGACGUGCAUCGAUCCAAGUCGCAGACCGUUACGGUUCAGGCAGAGCACGCGCGGUCCUCCAGGCCAUCCCUGGAGGGACAUCGACCCUCGGCGCAGGAUUUGGGAGCAGCCAAUGACAUUAGUCGAACGAAGUCCUUGAGUAAUAGGUCGAGGCCGUCCAGUAUGUAUGUGAGUUCCAACAUGGACUUCUUGAAAGAUCAAGAGCAGCAACGCAAGCGUCCUUCUUUGGAAAUCAGGCGCCAUAGCAGGCAACCCUCGCAGUCUCGUGAUUCUGAAGCCGAAGAAGGGAAUAUUCGGGAUGAUAUGGACUUUCUACGAAAUACCGAACAUAGUGACAACACUCGAAGGUCGUCUCGAGGACUUCACAAGCAGCGAUCCAGUCUCGGACAAAUCGGCAGCAGUGCCAAGAGCAUGUUCAGCGGGCGCUUCGGUGAUGCAUUCAAGCGAUUCGAAAGCAACGAGAAGAGGGGGCCAAUGACACCGGAAGCACGCGAGAUGGAACAACAACCGGAGCUACUGUCGCCCAUCACCGGAUCAGAGGCAACGCCAGGCAGGCACUCUGAUCACGAGGAAGAGGUGGAGCUGCCGCCUGAUGUGAAAAGGGAGAUUGAACGUCGAAGGCUGGAGGAAGAAGAGAAUCGCGUCGCUGCUGCAGCAGAAGAGUACAGGAACCGUGUUGCCACACAAGGCACCGGGAAUAUGGGGUUGAGCCGAGCGAGCACUAUUCAAAAGCGUGUUCAGUCGCUGCUUGAUGACGGCCGGCAAUCGCCCGCACCACGAAGGACAGCGGAGGGCUAUGGCCGAUACACUGAAGAGGAUGCAAUCGCGCCACGUCCUGCACCGAUGCAGCCACAGCAGCCAUUGCAUAGUGGAUUUAAGCCUUCCAUCAUAUCUCAGAAGCCGACUGGCGUCGGUUCCAACACGUCCAAUAACCCUUAUCCCAGGACGAGACAACAGCCCACUGCUACUCCAGCAGCAAACUUCAUGCCUACGCCGGUCCCGGCGCCUGCAGAACAAGCCACUGUGCAGAGAGUGGUAUCGAGGCCCAGCGCGCCUCCCAAGCCGAAAGCGCUGCGCACUGGAGGAGCCGUCCAGUGGCCACCGCCAGAAUCCCCUGAUUUGGAGAAACCGCUCCCAGCUAAACCAAGUGGCCUUGCUGCUCUUCUAGCGAAGGACCUGGAAGGUGUACCAGAUUAUCCUCAGGGAGGGAGUGGUGAUGCGCAGUCACGGCCUCGAGACAAUCUGAUCGAGCUGUCUCCUACAUCGCCGCAUGAUCUGGACAGUUUUAGCAAACGCUACCCAAGCUUGAGCGGCAUCGAGAUGGUAGAGACGGAGAUUGGGGGCGAGAGGAAGAUGAUGCGCGUGAGAGAAGUCUGAGUGUGCUAUUAUCACGACUGAUGUCGAAAUGUGUUGGAGGCUAGGUAUAUACAUAUACACUGGCAGUGCUGCCGAGUUCAGCAGAUAGCAUCCCUGUACAAUCACAUGCAAAUUCGGGAGUGGCUGGUCUAGGAAAGUUAGUUCUAGAUGCAAAUGGCAACGUCAU